CAACUACCUGCAUAUUGCUUCCAGUCCUUCCUCAACCGAUAUCCAAAGCAUAAACUAGUUAGUAUAGUCAAGUACAUGUUUGACCAGUUUGCACUCCACACCAAAUCAACCAAAGGAAAAAAAGAAGAACCCCCGGCAGAAUCCCACCGCCCCUCACCGCCAAAAUUUCUCUCUCUCUCCAUCCAAGCGUCAAAAAGAAAGAUAGCAAAAAGAGCAGACGGAGAAAAAGAAAAAUACAAAACCAACCAAAAUGGUCCGUCAAUUCAAGCACCACGAGCGCAAGCUCCUCCGCAAGGUCGACUUCAACACCUACAAAUCCGACGGCUCCCACCGUGAACACACCGUCCGCCAACGCUACCACCUCCAAGAAUACGACUACAAGAAAUACAACACCCUCUGCGGCUCGCUCCGGCAACUCGCCCACAAACUCUCCCAGCUCGACCCCGAGACAGACCCCACGCGGCGGCAGAUCGAGGCCGACGUGCUGGACAAGCUGUGGAACAUGGGGAUCCUGAAGCAGAGCCGCGAGCAGGGGGCGGGCCUGUCGCGGGUGGAGCGCGAGGUGACCGUGUCGGCGUUUUGUAGGCGGCGGUUGGGCGUUUACAUGGCUAGGGCGGGGAUGGUGGAGAAUGUUGUUACUGCAAUCACGUUCAUCGAACAGGGCCACGUCCGCGUCGGGACGGAGGUCGUUACCGACCCGGCCUUCCUCGUCACCCGCAACAUGGAAGACUUUGUCACCUGGGUGGAUAGCAGCAAGAUCAAGCGGAGUAUCAUGCAGUAUCGGGAUAAUCUGGAUGAUUAUGAUUUGCUGUGAGGUUUACCGGUUAAGGGCGGUUGUAGAUAGAUAGAUACCCUUGGUUUUAUUUUAUCGGUUUCUUUGUGUUUCUUGGUGGAUUUUAUUUGACUUGGGUCGGGCUGGAGUUGUGGUUUUGGUUGUAUAUGGCUGUUUGGUAAAAGUUACUGCUGGUUUAUGUCUCAGUCUGGGACAAGAUGGAAUAGAGAAAUGAAUAAACUAUGGUAAAA